UAGAUAGGGCUUGACAUGUGUUCUCUUAUUUUGAAGUCGGAGCACCAUAACAUGGUGUGGGAAGUGAAGACAAACCAGAUGCCUAAUGCAGUACAGAAACUCCUGCUGGUCAUGGACAAGAGAGCUUCAGGGGUGAGCGACUCGAUGGAGCUGCUGCAGUGUAAUGAGAAUCUGCCAUCCUCACCUGGAUAUAACUCUUGUGAUGAGCACAUGGAACUUGAUGACCUUCCUGAACUUCAGGCUGUUCAAAGUGAUCCUACCCAAUCUGCCAUAUUCCAGCUAAGUUCCGAAGUUUCACAUCAAGAAUAUCCAAGACCAUCUUGGAAUCAAAAUACCUCAGACAUAACAGAAAAUACUUACCGUGAAAAUGAGGUGGAUUGGUUAACCGAAUUAGCAAAUAUUGCUACCAGUCCACAAAGUCCCCUUAUGCAGUGCUCAUUUUACAACAGAUCAUCUCCUGUGCACAUCAUAGCAACUAGUAAAAGUUUACAUUCCUAUGCACGCCCUCCACCGGUGUCCUCUUCUUCCAAGAGUGAGCCUGCCUUCCCUCAUCACCACUGGAAGGAGGAAACCCCAGUCAGACAUGAAAGGGCAAAUAGCGAGUCAGAAUCUGGCAUCUUCUGCAUGUCCUCCCUCUCGGAUGAUGAUGACUUGGGAUGGUGCAAUUCCUGGCCUUCAACUGCUUGGCACUGCUUUUUAAAAGGCACACGGCUGUGCUUUCAUCAGGGAAGCAACAGGGACUGGCAGGACGCUGAAGAAGUUGCUAGAGCCGAGGGCUGUGAUACUGAGGAUGCUCUGCAAAUGAGCACUCACAAGGGCUAUGGUUCUGAUGGGCUAAGGUUGUUAUCACACGAAGAAAGCGUAUCAUUCGGCGAGUCUGUGCUGAAGUUGACUUUUGACCCUGGUACAGUGGAAGAUGGGUUACUUACCGUAGAGUGUAAGCUGGACCACCCUUUCUACGUUAAAAAUAAAGGUUGGUCAUCCUUUUAUCCAAGCCUGACUGUGGUGCAGCAUGGCAUUCCAUGUUGUGAAAUCCAUGUGGGCGACGUAUGUCUACCUCCUGGACACCCCGAUGCCAUUAAUUUUGAUGAUUCAGGUGUUUUUGAUACAUUUAAAAGCUAUGACUUCACCCCUCUGGAUUCUUCUGCAGUGUAUGUGCUGAGCAGCAUGGCGCGUCAGCGGCGUGCAUCUUUGUCUUGCGGGGGCCCUGGUGGUCAAGACUUUGCCAGAGCAGGAUUCAGUAAAAACUGUGGCUCCCCUGGACCAUCACAGCUCUCUUCCAAUUCCUUGUACGCUAAAGCUGUCAAAACCCACAGCACAGGGACUGUGAGUGCCACGUCUCCUAACAAGUGCAAAAGACCAAUGAAUGCCUUCAUGCUUUUUGCCAAAAAAUACAGAGUCGAAUAUACUCAGAUGUAUCCAGGGAAAGAUAACAGAGCCAUAAGUGUGAUCCUUGGGGACAGGUGGAAGAAAAUGAAGAAUGAAGAGAGGAGGAUGUACACGUUAGAAGCAAAGGCUUUGGCUGAAGAACAGAAACGUUUGAAUCCCGAUUGUUGGAAAAGGAAAAGAACCAAUUCCGGCUCACAACAACAUUAAACCAGGAUGCUUAUGUUCUUAAGUCUGUAUUUGCAUAAACAUUGACUCUUGAUGGAAAGACUUAAGAAGAUCAAGGUCUCACCAUUUGUCCUGAAUUCGUGUGACCAUAAAAUACUGAUAGCAUUGAAUCUUGAAAUGAUUUAAUAUGAGUGAGGAUUUGCUUUCUCCAUUAGAGCAUUAAGCAAGCUAAAACUAUCAACAUUGUAAACCAAAUUGCCUUAUUUUUCUUCCAAACUUCAUAUAUGUCUAUCAGGUAAUAGAGGCUUGAAAAUUGAUAUCCUGUGGUGCUAAAGUACAGUAGAAAGAGGAGAAUUGUAUACAUGUUUUAUUUUAAAUUGUACAAAAGAAUUUAAAAAUAGGUAACUGCUGUUUAUACAUUGGCUCCCUACUGCUUAUUAACCUGUAUUGUACACACAAUGGGAUGAAGCAGGCGCUGGGAGUUGGUCUUUCCUUUGAGCAGCCACCACACAGUCCAGCCUCUGCCCAGCACGGGCACUCCUGGUCUGGCCAGUGCCAAGAGGCUGCCACAGCAUGUUGCAGGUGGGUGAUGCCCCUGUCCCAGAGCCACCUGCGGUAGUACCACAGGAUGCGGAGUUUGUGCACCAGGUGGCAGCACCCAUCCAUUGUAUCCGAUGGAGUCCUAGCCCCGGUCCAGCUGUUAGUUAAUAGCAUUGGAAUAUAGUCACUGUAAUGGUGCUAUUAACAGUCGACACCAUUGUAUUUUUUAACUUUGUGCCCUAUAUCUCCUCAGCCACGUAUCCUAAAUAUCUUAUUUGUCAUCCUGUCUUUAUGGUGGGGGCAGACUUUGCACUUACUGCAGUGCAACACUCGCACUUUACUUUCCUCCAACUGUCUGGAAGAGAGCAGACACGCUGGCGAACAGCUGCUUCUGCUCUGAGCUACAAUCAUGCUUUUCAUGUGACUUACCGAGCCGUGUUUCUGGUUAGGAAUCACAGCUGUAAAAUUGAUUUCAGUUCAUUACACUUCAUAAUGUUGCCCCUAAAUUUUGCACACUAUAUUCUUGUAUAUUAUUUCAAAUAAAAUGGAGAGUAAAAAAGGG